CUUACAUCUGACUCUCACCUCGCCCGGUACGGUUCGAGUCCAAUCGAGUUUGUAGGCUCACAGACAAUAUAAUGGCGAGUCGACGAGGAUCUUCGAAGCGUCCCGCUUCCUCCGAAGAGAUCGACUUCUGGUCUCAUGCUGCGGCCUCAUUAUCUACAUUAUCGUCAACUAUGUAUAAUGAACCCGCCACAGGUGACCCGAUUGGAAGGGUCAACCGACUGCUUUUGGCAUGGCCUACAGACGACAACCUGCCGGCGGAGGGUUAUGAAAGUGUGCGAUCCACGUACAAGAAACUCACAGCCGGGCUCAAUGAAAUCAAAACAGCAGCUGAGAGAGACGUCGAAGCCAUUGACAAAGCGAUUGAACAGCUCGAUGUGCUCAUCGCGCUGCGCAAAGCUCCAGAAAUUGUGCCACAAGAGAAGCGCAACAAGCGGCCACGGGCCCACUCCCCGGCGGGGGCGCCUGCGCCUGCAGUACCAGUAUCUACUCCAGCAGUCCGCAGUGUUACAUUAAAUCUGCCAGCUCGAAGUUCCGUCGGUCCGCAGACCUCGGUACCAUUUUCCAGGGAACCGAAAGCACGUAGAGAAGCUCUGGCCAAACAGCUCCCUUUGCAAGAAGGGAGAAAGGUUGCAUUUCACCCUCCUCAGAACUCUAAAGGGGCCGAGACAGUUGCUGGGGGCAAAGACGAAGAGUGGAUACUGGCAGUCGUCAUUGGCUGUAUCAACCAAGACAAGAAUAGAUACGAAGUACAAGAUCCCGAACCACAAGAAGAUGGACAGCCGGGGCAGCGCUACAACACAACACUCCGUGCCAUCAUCCCCCUUCCCGACCCAAAUGCGCCGCCAGACAAUGCUGCUCACCUCAACGCAUAUCCCGAGUUCUCGCUUGGCUCGAUUGUGAUGGCUCUAUACCCAGAUACAAGCUGCUUCUACCGGGCGGAGGUUGUGGCCAGUCCUCGCGAUAUGCAACCUAGCGGAAGAAAUGGUGCAUCGUCAACAACGCCGACAUACAAACUGAAAUUCGAAGAUGACGAUGACCAAGAACACUUAGUGUCGGCACAAUGGGUCGUCGAGUGGCCCGGUGGAUCAUAGUGACAUCUCCACAUUGACUGUUCUCGAUCCUCUCCCUUCGGUCUGAACGACGCAUUUACUUGUUGUACAACUAGCGGUGUCCGUCAUGUAUUAUGAUCCCUGUCUUGGUUGCUUUAUGUCCAUCCGGGCCCGGGCCCGCACACGUGAAAACUUGA